UUCACAGAUUCCCCAGAAAAUAAAAGUAUAUUUCAGAAAGUGAAAAUCAGAAGAAGUAGCUGUUGACAUAAAAAGAAGUGUACUAAGGAUCCUUUCUUGAGGAAAAUCUUUUAAGAUGCGGUGAAGAGCCUGUAUUUUCCCCUGUGCCGUAUAUAGUGCCUUAAAAAAUGGGGUUUGGAGGUGACCUGAAGUAUUCUCAUGAUGCUUUAUUAAAACUGCAAGACUGGGAACUACGACUGCUGGAAACGGUGAAGAAAUUUAUGGUAAUGCGAGUAAAAAGUGAUAAGGAGUAUGCCUCCACUUUACAGAAUCUUUGUAAUCAAGUAGAUAAAGAGAGCACUUGUCAAUUGGAUUAUAUCAGCAAUGUGUCCAAGUCUUGGUUGCUUGUGGUACAGCAAACAGAACAGCUGAGCAAAAUAAUGAAGACACAUGCAGAGGAUCUUAAUUCUGGGCCUUUGCAUAGGCUUACAAUGAUGAUCAAAGAUAAGCAGCAAGUUAAGAAGAGUUAUGUAGGUGUUCAUCAACAAAUUGAAGCAGAGAUGUACAAGGUCACAAAGACAGAACUAGAGAAACUGAAAUCUAGCUAUAGACAACUAAUAAAAGAAGUAAAUUCUGCCAAAGAAAAGUAUAAAGAAGCUGUGGCUAAAG